AUGGCGCUGUCGCGCGCGGAGCGGUGCCUGGCGCUGCUGCUGCGGCUGCUGUCGCGCGCCUGCCUGGCGCUGCUGGGGCUCGUGACCCCCGCGCCGCCGCGCGCCGUCCCGCCGCCGCGCCGCCCGCUCCUCCUGCUGCCCGCCCGGCAGCUGGCGGCGCGGCUCCGCGCGCGGCAGGUGACGUGCGUCGAGGUGGUGGAGGCGUACGUGGAGAGGAUCAAGGAGGUCAAUCCCCUCAUCAACGCCGUCGUUAAGGACCGGUUUGAGGAGGCCCUGCAGGAAGCCCGGCAGGUAGAUAAGCUGCUCUCGGAGGGCCUUGGCGAUGACUACCUGGAGGAGAAGUUCCCCUUGUUAGGGGUUCCCAUCACCGUCAAGGAGGCCUUUUCUCUGCACGGGAUGCCCAACACGUCUGGCUUGGUCAACCGCCGCAACGUGAUUGCCACCUCGGAUGCCACGGUGGUGUCCCGGCUGAAGCAGGCCGGUGCCAUCCCGCUGGGCGUGACCAACUGCAGCGAGCUGUGCAUGUGGUACGAGUCCAGCAACAAGGUCUACGGCCGGACCAACAACCCCUAUGACCUGCAGAGGAUCGUGGGCGGCAGCUCAGGUGGGGAGGGCAGUGUCCUGGCAGCUGCCUGCUCAGUCAUAGGUGUGGGCUCCGACAUCGGUGGCAGCAUCCGGAUGCCUGCCUUCUUCAACGGAGUCUUCGGCCAUAAGCCCACGACAGGGGUGGUGCCCAACGACGGCCAGUUCCCAGACGCUCAAGGGGUGCGGACCAGCUUCCUGUGCACAGGGCCCAUGUGCCGCUACGCGGAGGACCUGGAGCCGAUGCUGAGGGUGAUGGCCGGUCCCGGAGUCAACAAGCUGAAGCUGAAUGAAAAGGUGUCGCUGGAGAAAAUAAAAUUUCACUGCAUGGAUCAUGACGGCGGGUCCGUUUUUGUGUCGCCUGUGGACAAGGAGAUCUUGCAGGCCCAAAAGAAGGUGGUGGAGCACCUCGAAGGCAAGCUGGGGGUCCAAGUUCGGCGCGUGGCGAUCCACAAAAUGAAGUAUUCUUUCCAGAUCUGGUCAGCCAUGAUGUCGUCCAAGGACAGCGACGGGCAGGAGGCACAGCUCUUCACGGACCUGCUGGGGGAUCACGGGAAGCCGGUGUGGCCGCUGUGGGAGCUGAUGAAGUGGCUUGUGGGGAUGUCUUCCCACACUCUCCCAGCUAUCGCCCUGGGGCUGACGGAGAGGCUGAUGAAACUCAACCCUGGUGGGAAUGCCAAGCUGGUGAGCAUGGGAAAGAGCCUGCAGGAGGAGAUGGAGGCCCUGCUGGGGCCGGACGGCGUGCUCCUCUACCCCUCCCACCCCACCAUAGCUCCCAGGCACCACUCCCCCAUAUGCAUGCCCUUCAACUUCGCCUAUACAGCUAUCUUCAACGUCCUGGGUCUGCCGGUGACACAGUGCCCGCUGGGCCUGAGCAGCGAGGGCCUGCCUCUGGGCAUCCAGCUCGUGGCAGCCUCCUACAACGACCACCUGACGCUGGCGGUAGCCCGGUAUCUGGAGAAGGCCUUCGGAGGAUGGGUUUUACCCGGGAAAGUUUAGCCUGGGCUCCUGGCACUGUGGGGAGGCAGGGACGGAGACGGUGGUGCCCAGCGAGGUGGCGGCGGGCAGUGAUGCCAUCGUGGCACUGCCUGCUCCCUCCGCACCUCCCCUUGCACCCUCCUGGGAGCGGCUGGCGGUGCCUCCGGCCCCUGGGGAAGCCGGGCUGUUGCCACUGGAGUCGUCUCCUCCCCGCAGCACCCUCUGCCAGAGGAGAGACCUGCCCUCCCCAUGGCCCCUUGGGAGCCCCGGUGCCGCGGGCUGGCAGCAGGCUGCCCGUGUCCUGCCUGUGGCGGGCACCUGUCUUCUCCUGGGCAUGGAGAUGGCUGUCUCUCUGUAAGCUUGCUGCUUUGAAGAUGCUGAGUGAAGGCUGGGGAGAGGAGGUGCUGCCAGACUGCUCGGGGACAACCACCCAGCACCACCCUCGGGACCCCCGGGUGCAUCCGUCCUCCUUGGCCUUACCCUGCCCACGGGACUGGGACUGCACCUGGUGCACCGCAGGCUUUCCAGCCCCUGCAGCCUCCCCGAGCUGCCACAGGGUUUCCCCCACCCUCUAACCAGAAAGGGAGAGGGGCUGAGGGUGCUGGAGGCAGCCGUACGCUCGUCUCACUGGUGGUGCUUUGUGGGGUGAAUGGUGCUGGGCUCUGCCCGGUGUGGAGCUGGCAGGCAAGGGAGAAGGAGUUUUUGCUCUUGUGAGCUUUUGACAGCGCUGGAGGAGCUCUUUAAAUGUUCCUCUCCAUGUGCUGAGACAGCUAAAGCAUCUCCUGCCUGUGUCGUCUGUCCCGGGGGAUCACCCAGCCUGAUUGGCGUCCCCCAUCCCUGGCCCCCGCCCUCCCGACCUGCCCGGCCUCUCUGCCCCCAUGAGCGGACGCAGGCAGAAACGUGGGCAGCUGGCUGUUCCUGCAGCGGGCAACAAGCGUAAGAUGUUCUCAGCGAGGGUGGUAUUAAAGAGUCUGUCCAGUUUGCUGCUGGCUGGUAUCCUUGUUCCUGACGGCUGUUGCCCUGCCGGCUGUGGGGCUGCCAUCCCCCCGGGCACUGGCCCCAUCUCCGCUCGCGCCGUGGGAUGCACCGAGGCUGCCGAAUGCUGCCGGCUGUGGGCGCAGUGCAGGGACAGCAGUGAAGGGGCUGGCAUCUGCCCCAAGGGUGGCACUCGGCCGCUGCUGGGCUCUUGGUUUAAAAUGCGUGGACUC